AUGUCGAGCGAAUCUAUUCCCAAUAAGAUGCGUGCUGCCACCAUCAAGGACUUUAAGAAAGGCUACGAAGUCAAGGACAUCGAUGUCCCGACUGAUCUCGGACCCAACGACGUUCUCAUCAAGAUCGCCGCCGCCGGUUACUGCCACACGGACUUGCAGGUCAUGGAUGGUGUCUACGAGUCUCAGGGUGCAAAGCCAGGUCUCGUUGGCUCGCAUGAGCCCGUCGGUACUGUAGUCAAGACUGGCUCGGACGCUGAGAAGUCGGGCAUCAAAGUUGGCGACCGUGUCGGCUCAAUCAACACCUACGGCUUCUGCGGCAAGUGCGACUCGUGUAAGCAGGGCCAGCAGCUUUGCGACAAGCUUCCCGGAAUGCUCGGCCUUACACUCAACGGCGGCUUCUCUCAGUACAUGAAGGCCGAUGCUCGAGUCGUCUCCAAGAUCCCCGACAGCAUCCCCUUCGACCAAGCCGCCCCGCUCGUCUGCGCAGGAGCCACUGUCUACGGUGCCUUGUUGGCUGUACAACCCGAGAAGGGCCAGUGGCUCGCUAUGGUCGGUAUCGGCGGUCUUGGCCAUCUCGGUGUGCAAUACGCCAAGGCGAUGGGCUGCAAGGUUGUUGCCAUCGACAACCGAAAGGAGGGCAUCGAGCUUGCCAACAAGGCUCCCGAAAACCUCAGACCCGACAAGACUUUUGUCAUUGAUACGGAAGAUGCAAAGAACAAGUGCAUCGAAGAGCUAUCGAGCAGCUUCUACGAGACCAAUCCCGGCGUCGACCGAGUUGUGAUCAACACGGAGAACCGUGGCUUGAUCAGGUUCAGCCAGCAGUUCCUACGAAAGGGUGGCCAGCUCGUCGAUGUUGGUCUGCCUGCGGACGGCCCUUUCGAGGUCGACUCUUUCGGUUUGAACUUCAAGGAGCACACCAUCCGCGGCCGUCUGAUUUGCACGCCAGAGCAGUGUCAAGAAAUGAUCAACUUGCAUGCUGAGAACGGCUGCUCUACGUUCAUCGAGAAGACCUACAGCGUCGAGGAAGCCAACGAGUUGGCCGAGCACUACAAAUCGAAGAAGCUGCAGGGUCGACUCUGCAUGGUGUUCUAA